UGAGAGUUAGGUGAUCUGAGAGAUCAGAGAUGGAGAAGAAAGCCUAUGGAGCUCAUGCCCUACUGCUUUCUUACCCAACUCAAGGCCACAUCAACCCUAUGCUCCAAUUCUCCAAGCGCCUGGUAUCCAAAGGCCUCAAAGCCACCCUUGCCACCACCCUAUCCAUCACCAAGUCCAUGCAACUAGACUGCAGUUCAGUCCAAAUUGAUGCCAUUUCUGAUGGCUACGAUGACGGCGGUUUCGCCCAAGCCGAAAGCGUCGAGGCCUAUCUCCAGCGAUUCCAAGCUGUUGGCUCACAAACCCUAGCUGAGCUAAUUAGGAAGCACAAAAGAUCUGGACAAGUUCCUAUUGAUUGCAUAAUCUAUGAUGCCUUCUUGCCCUGGGCCUUGGAUGUGGCUAAGGAGUUUGGCUUGGUUGGAGCUGCUUUUUUCACUCAAACCUGUGCUGUGACUUACAUAUUCUACUAUGUGCAUCAUGGGCUCUUGACCCUGCCGGUUGCAUCACCGCCUGUCUCGAUUCCUGGACUGCCCCUGCUUGAUCUUGAGGACAUGCCGUCCUUCAUUAGUGCUCCGGAUUCGUAUCCAGCUUACUUGAAGAUGGUGUUGGAUCAGUUCUGUAAUGUGGACAAAGCUGAUUGUAUUCUUGUUAACUCAUUCUACAAGUUAGAGGAUUCGGUGGUUGAUGCAAUGUCCAAAGUCUGUACACUACUCACAAUUGGACCAACAAUUCCCUCAUUUUUUUCGGACAAGCGAGUCAAUGAUGACAUGGCUUAUGGGCUCAAUUUCUUCAAGGCACACCAGUCUGAAACCUGCAUUGAAUGGCUGAGCAGCAAGCCAAAAGGGUCUGUCGUCUAUGUCUCAUUUGGCAGCAUGGCCUCUUUGAGCGAAGAGCAAAUGGGGGAGCUUGCUUGGGGCUUAAAGGGAAGCAGCCACUACUUCUUAUGGGUGGUUAGGGCUUCUGAGGAGGCAAAGCUCCCAAAGGGGUUUAUCAAUGAGGCGUCGGAGAAGGGCUUUUUGGUGAGAUGGUGCCCCCAGUUGGAAGUGCUGGCCAGCAAUGCAAUCGGGUGUUUUUUCACACAUUGUGGGUGGAAUUCCACCUCUGAGGCCUUGACCUUAGGGGUGCCAAUGGUGGGAAUGCCGCAGUGGACAGACCAGACUACGAAUGCUAAGUUUAUAAAGGAUGUUUGGAAGGUGGGGGUUAGGGUCAGGGAAGGUGAGGAUGGGGUUGUGAGAAGAGAAGAGAUAGAGGCUUGUAUAAGGGAAGUGAUGGAGGGGGAAAGGGGGAAGGAAAUGAAGGAAAAUGCUAUGAAAUGGAGUGGUUUCACUAGGGAGGCAGUUGGGGAAGGUGGCACAUCUGACAGGAGCAUUAACGAAUUUGUCUCCAAAUUAAAGGUUUCUAAAUAAUUAUGCGUGCUUGUUGCCAUUCUUUAUUUCACUACUUAUUGAUGUACUUCAUUGAAGAAUGGAAUUAGUGAAUUAAUAAAUACUUGGUUUUUUCAUUUAAA